GAAAUUUUUAAUGGAAUGUCAUCUUCCCAAAGAAACUCAACAAAUUGAUCGUGUAAUAGAAGCUUUUGCAAAAAGAUAUAUUGAGUUGAAUCCGGAUUUCGUUAAACGUAAAAUGACCAAAGAUGAAUUUGUAAGAAAUACACGAAUUGAAGAAGAUGAUACAGAUGUGAAUGGACAAACGAUGAUAGAAUCACCAACUGAUCAUCGACCAUUAAAACUUUUCUCAUCUUCCAAAGAUAAAAGAAAAACUUCAAUACGUAGUCGAAAUGAUCCUUAUUGGGUAAUUCAAUCAAAAUUACCCACAGAAUUUAAACCUAAUAUUGAAAACAUAGUUCCCAUGGAAAAUCCUUAUUCAUAUAUGGGAACAUUAGAAUCACUUGAUGUGGGAAAUUUACAUCGAGCUUUUUCCUCUGCUCAAACGAUUCGAGUUACUGAAGAUGGAACUUUUUUAUUAAAAAUAACCAAAGGAGGUAAAUUAGGUAGAAAAAUUGAUAUGGUUGAUGGUAGGAAGAAAGGAAAUUUUAUACGUAAUUGGAAACAAUAUGGUGUAAUAUUAAGUGGAAGUCAAUUAAUGUUCUUUAAAGAUGAAGUUUGGUUUAAUACUCAAAUGAAUGAAUUAAAAAAUCCCGAGAAAUCCAAAAAAUUACCAAUACUUCGACCAGACGCAAUAUUGAUGACAGCUGAAUCCGUGGCGGUAUAUGAUAAGAAAUAUGUGAAAUAUUCUAAUGUAUUUCGACUUGUGUGUCCUAAAGGUCAUCAAUACUUAUUUCAAGCUGAAAGUGAAAAAAGUGGCGGAAUAAAUAAUAAAUAUCAAAAAAAUGAUGGUAUUGAAUUACUUGGAUUUAAUAAAGAUGAUAGUAAAGAUUCUCAAAGUAGAGCUAAUUUACUUCGAGAAAGAAUAUCAACUCUUACUUCACAACUUCAAACUGAUAUUCGAUUUCGAAAUAAUCUUAUAUUAAUGAUUCCAUAUAAAGCCUCCACUCGCGAUCGAAUAAUACAAAUUGCAACUGUGGUAGCUCAAAGACUUAAACAUACUUGUUUAGAAUUAAGUCGAUUGGUUUGUUAUCAUGAAAUAUUGGAAAAAGAUUUAUGCGCUACCGUAAUGGAAAAUAGUAAUUAUUGGCAACAUAGAAAUAGUAUGUAUAGAGUUGGUGAAAGUUCUCAAGAACCAAUAGUAGUUAAGAAUAUUAUAAUGGAUCCUCCUUCGACCAGAAAACAAUUAGGAAUUAUUGGUAGACAAUCAUUCGUUAAUGAUGUAUCAAGUGUUACCGAAGAGCAACAACAAAUAUUAAGUGGAAUUAUUAUUAGUGAUGAAGAAUCAAUUAAGAGUAUUAAAAGUAUUAAGAAAUUCGUUGAUGCUGAAGAAUGGUAUCCUGAAUAA